AUGGACAAUUGCAAGCUCCGCAACAGUGUUUCGAGAGCGUUGAGCAGCUGCCCGGAAUAUCCGUCGACGUCAACCACGCUGACCAAGUUGCAAGAGCGUAACAUGAGUUUGAAGAUUUUCAAGAAAGGAGGCGGCCUGGCGGACCUCAUCGAGGAAGCAAGCGCCCCCGAGUUGGAAGAAGUCAACUGGACAAUGGUGUUCGCUGCUGCUGACAGAGUGAACAUGCAAGCAGAUGGAGGGAAGGAAGUCGUGCGCGCCCUAAAACGUCGAUUGAAACAUAAGAGUCCAGUUGUACAGUCUUAUGCAUUGACGAUAUUAGACGCGUUGAUGAAAAACUGUGGUGCAAAAGUCCAGGUGGCUUUUGUACAUCCCGAGAAUGUUGCUUCGCUCAUGAGGCUGUAUGAUUCAAACGAUUUUGUCCAGGAGAACCGAAUGCGUUUUGUGAAUCUGGUAGCAGAAUGGAUGGAGAGUACAAGAGAUCCUGGCGUUCGACCUCCUUUGAUAGGACUUCUCUCUUGGUUGGGAGGAAAAGGGUAUUUCCCCUCUCCGGUCGUUGGAGCGAGACAUGGUUCGCAAGGAGGACUGUUCAUGACAAUAUCCAGUGGCCGUACUCAAUCUCCUCAAAUUUUGAUUCCUAGUCUUGCCAGCCAUCGUGGUUGGCUUUCAUCUCCUCCUACGGAAAGUUUUGCGCAAAGAAGUGAACAGAUGGCAAAGGAUCUCAUAUUGGCGGAUAACAAUAUUGCGAUGUUUAUGGAGGCGCUGAAUUUUUUACCUCCCGAAGAAAGUCCGAGCGAGAAUGAACUUGUUCAGGAGUUUCGGGCUAAAUGCAAGGAGAUUCAAUCCCGAGUGUUGCGCUUAAUUCAAGAAAUUGAUGACGGCGAUCUUCUUGGCAAACUGGUGAAGAUCAAUGGUGAUAUUGAUGCCGCGUUUACGUUAUACGACGAGACCGUCGAGAGCAGGAAUCUGCUCCAAGCAUUGGAAAACUCCCAACAUAAUGUUCGGGCGCGGGAAAAGGCUGCUGGUGGGAUUGUGUUUAGGGAACCGGCAAGAGAGGUGCCCGAUUUGAUAUCGUUCUCAGGGGAAGGGGACCCGUUUUCGGACCGGUUUCAGACGGCAAGUGGAAGCGCGGACAGGCUGAAUAAUCCGUCACCACAAGAUGCAAGUGGCAGUUACAUACCGUAUGAGGUACCGUCAGCUAAAAAACUUGGAAAAUUGCCAGCAUCCGUCAAUGCAUAGCGCAUACACGAUCUCAGUUAGAGUAGAUAUGACGGUGUCAUGUAUAUAUUAUGGUGGUAUCUAGAUAGAAUCGUCAAUUUCUAGAAGUGAACAAUGAUUUUUUACGCUCAAUGAGCGUUAUAUCUGCA